AGCCCUGCCCCGGGGAGUCCCACAGGAGCGGGGAUCUGGGAAGAGAAACUUGCGGACGAGGGAGUUAGAGCCGUGGACCCCCGCCCCCCGCCCGGGCGUCCUGCUUCGGAGGAGGGUCUCUGGGUCGGGCAGGGGCCACCUCUUGGCCCGCCCCUUGUCGCUGGACGUCCGAAGAUUGGGCCAUUUCCCUUGCCGCGCCCUUACCGCAUAUCGGGGUGCGCUCGGCCCGGCCCGCCCCACCCAGCCCUCCGCUCGCGCCCGGAGAGGAGGGGCCGCUGGCGCAGCGCCCCGGGACCCCGAGAGGCCGCCGCGGCACAUCCAGACCUCCGCCGCUCCCGCGCCCUCUCAACCAUCCUGGGAUUCCCGGGCCCACCCGACCCAGCGGCGCGACCCUGGCCCUCCGGGACCCUCCGCUGACUCCACCGCGCACUUCCCGGGACCCCCACACACAUCCCAGCCCUCCGGCCGAUCCCUCCCUACUCGGUGCCGGGUGCCCCCGGCCAUCUCCAGGCCCGGAUCUCCUCCCCCAGGUCCCCGGGGCGGCCCCAGCCAGGCCCCCUCCGAACCCCGCCGGCGGCCCGGGCUGGGGCGCACCAUGCGGCUGCGGCUCCGGCUUCUGGCGCUGCUGCUUCUGCUGCUGCCACCGCCCGCGCGCGCCCCGAAGCCCUCGGCGCAGGACGUGAGCCUGGGCGUGGACUGGCUAACUCGCUAUGGUUACCUGCCGCCACCCCACCCUGCCCAGGCCCAGCUGCAGAGCCCUGAGAAGUUGCGCGAUGCCAUCAAAGUCAUGCAGAGGUUCGCGGGGCUGCCGGAGACCGGCCGCAUGGACCCAGGGACAGUGGCCACCAUGCAUAAGCCCCGCUGCUCCCUGCCUGACGUGCUGGGGGUGGCGGGGCUGGUCAGGCGGCGUCGCCGGUACGCUCUGAGCGGCAGCGUGUGGAAGAAGCGAACCCUGACAUGGAGGGUACGUUCCUUCCCCCAGAGCUCCCGGCUGAGCCAGGAGACCGUGCGGAUCCUCAUGAGCUAUGCCCUGAUGGCCUGGGGCAUGGAGUCAGGCCUCACAUUUCAUGAGGUGGACUCCCCCCAGGGCCAGGAGCCCGACAUCCUCAUCGACUUUGCCCGCGCCUUCCACCAGGACAGCUACCCCUUCGACGGGUUGGGGGGCACCCUAGCCCAUGCCUUCUUCCCUGGGGAGCACCCCAUCUCCGGGGACACUCACUUUGACGAUGAGGAGACCUGGACUUUUGGGUCAAAAGACGGCGAGGGGACCGACCUGUUUGCCGUGGCUGUCCAUGAGUUUGGCCACGCCCUGGGCCUGGGCCACUCCUCAGCCCCCAACUCCAUUAUGAGGCCCUUCUACCAGGGUCCGGUGGGCGACCCUGACAAGUACCGCCUGUCUCAGGAUGACCGCGAUGGCCUGCAGCAACUCUAUGGGAAGGCGCCCCAAACCCCAUAUGACAAGCCCACAAGGAAACCCCUGGCUCCUCCGCCCCAGCCCCCGGCCUCGCCCACACACAGCCCAUCCUUCCCCAUCCCUGAUCGAUGUGAGGGCAAUUUUGACGCCAUCGCCAACAUCCGAGGGGAAACUUUCUUCUUCAAAGGCCCCUGGUUCUGGCGCCUCCAGCCCUCCGGACAGCUGGUGUCCCCGCGGCCCGCACGGCUGCACCGCUUCUGGGAGGGGCUGCCCGCCCAGGUGAGGGUGGUGCAGGCCGCCUAUGCUCGGCACCGAGACGGCCGAAUCCUCCUCUUUAGCGGGCCCCAGUUCUGGGUGUUCCAGGACCGGCAGCUGGAGGGCGGGGCGCGGCCGCUCACGGAGCUGGGGCUGCCCCCGGGAGAGGAGGUGGACGCCGUGUUCUCGUGGCCACAGAACGGGAAGACCUACCUGGUCCGCGGCCGGCAGUACUGGCGCUACGACGAGGCGGCGGCGCGCCCGGACCCCGGCUACCCUCGCGACCUGAGCCUCUGGGAAGGCGCGCCCCCCUCCCCUGACGAUGUCACCGUCAGCAACGCAGGUGACACCUACUUCUUCAAGGGCGCCCACUACUGGCGCUUCCCCAAGAACAGCAUCAAGACCGAGCCGGACGCCCCCCAGCCCAUGGGGCCCGACUGGCUGGACUGCCCCGCCCCAAGCUCUGGUCCCCGCGCCCCCAGGCCCCCCAAAGCGACCCCCGUGUCCGAAACCUGCGAUUGUCAGUGCGAGCUCAACCAGGCCGCAGGACGUUGGCCUGCUCCCAUCCCGCUGCUCCUCUUGCCCCUGCUGGUGGGGGGUGUAGCCUCCCGCUGA